AGUGAGAGUUAGUCUGUUGCCUGAGGGCCACACAUAGCUUGCAGGUUUGCAGGAACGGAGUUUUUGGUUUGUGUUUCAGGGUAUUUUCCUCUGGUUAGAAAUUCAGAAGAAAUGAAGAUGUGCAAAAUUAUGCCUCCUUUUAUUCUUUUACUAUCGGGUUUAGUAUUCAUGAUUGCAGCCAGCGAGACUACGACCAUGGAGACGAACAACACGGGGGUAGUGAGCACGGAGACGGCCAUCACAAAGGCGGUGAGCACUGAGACGGCCAGCAUGGGGUUAGUGAGCAUGGAGACGGCCAUCACAAAGGCGGUGAGCACUGAGACGGCCAGCAUGGGGUUAGUGAGCAUGGAGACGGCCAUCACAAAGGCGGUGAGCACUGAGACGGCCAGCAUGGGGUUAGUGAGCAUGGAGACGGCCAUCACAAAGGCGGUGAGCACUGAGACGGCCAGCAUGGGGUUAGUGAGCAUGGAGACGGCCAUCACAAAGGCGGUGAGCACUGAGACGGCCAGCAUGGGGUUAGUGAGCAUGGAGACGGCCAUCACAAAGGCGGUGAGCACUGAGACGGCCAGCAUGGGGUUAGUGAGCAUGGAGACGGCCAUCACAAAGGCGGUGAGCACUGAGACGGCCAGCAUGGGGUUAGUGAGCAUGGAGACGGCCAUCACAAAGGCGGUGAGCACUGAGACGGCCAGCAUGGGGUUAGUGAGCAUGGAGACGGCCAUCACAAAGGCGGUGAGCACUGAGACGGCCAGCAUGGGGUUAGUGAGCAUGGAGACGGCCAUCACAAAGGCGGUGAGCACUGAGACGGCCAGCAUGGGGUUAGUGAGCAUGGAGACGGCCAUCACAAAGGCGGUGAGCACUGAGACGGCCAGCAUGGGGUUAGUGAGCAUGGAGACGGCCAUCACAAAGGCGGUGAGCACUGAGACGGCCAGCAUGGGGUUAGUGAGCAUGGAGACGGCCAUCACAAAGGCGGUGAGCACUGAGACGGCCAGCACAGAGGCAGUGAGCACUGAGAUGGACAGCACGGAGGCGGUGACCACUGAGGCGGCCAGCACAGCAGUAGUGAGCACGGAGACGGACAUCACAAAGGCUGUGAGCACGGAGGCAGCCAGCACGGAGGCGGCAAGCAUAGAGGCGGCCAGCACGGAGGCGAUGAGCACAGUGAUGGCCAGGAUGGUGAUGGCCAGCAUGAUGACAAGGAUAACAAUCCCAGAAAACACUACAGCAGAGCAGCCGUCCCAAAUAGUGCUAGGAGUCUCCAUUUUCUUUGGGAUCAUCAUUGUUGUAAUUCUCAUCUUCAUAUGUGUCUUUAUAUGGCGAAAGUCAAGAAGAAGCUCAGUUACCUUGGACCGUGCAGAAGUAACUAUUCCCUUAAAAUCCAUUGACACACAAGAAAGAACCAAGCUCAGGUAAAGAGAAGAAAUGAAAGCACUCUCACUUAAUAACCAUUUAAGAUGUCACAAAAGGAAUUAAUAGUGCUGAAUCUUCAGGGAAAUUAAGACAAAUUGAAGUUCAAAGAAAUCUAUUUAAACACAGAAAAUGGCACUCAGUUGUGUAAACCUCUUUUUAAAUGGAACAUUUAGUAUGCCCCCAAAUCGAGUCACAGUAAUAAGCAGAUAUUAAUUGGUACUGCCUGCUAAAGGUUGAAUCUCUCUAGUUCGGCACCCUCAGGAUCUGACUGGUUCUGAACCUAAUGGUACGGCUAGACUAUAAGAGUUUUUCCGGGAUAACAGAGGUAUCCCAGAAAAACCCUUCUACGCCCAAGGAUGCGUUUGCUCUUCUGUUUUGUUUUU